AUGUCAAAUAAUUUGAAUGACGCAAAUCGCCGAAAUACUGAUCCAAUUGAUGGUGAAAUGAUUGAGGUGAGUUGAAGAAUAUGGAAUAAUUGGAACUUUUUUGUAUUUUCGAAUGAUUUUUAAUAUUUCUGUCUAUGAAAAGAAAUUUCUGAGCUGACGAUGUUUUUUGAAUUCUCGAAAUUAAUAUAUUUUUAUUAAAAUUGAAUUAAUCAAAGUGUUAAUUUUCAAAUGACUUCUCAUUAAAUAACUCACCACCAAUUUACAGGACCGAAGACCACGUCCAAAUCUGCAAAACGCUGGUAUUCGUGUAACCAAUAUUGGAAAUGGGCUGAAAAAAUUGUGGAUAACGAAAGAGUGUUUUCGUCGCAUCAUUUCCAUUUAUCAAACUGACGAUGGAGUUGUUUUGACAGGAGAAUUUGCUGAAGAAUACUUGAAAAUUGUGGUUGGCGAUAGAACUGAAAUACGAGUCAGUCAUUGUAUGGACACUCCUCUCGAAGAAUCGAAUCGUUUGUUGGUAAACAACUCACCGCUACUUCAACAACCCGAUCAAUUUCCACACGAAAUGUUGGACGAUGAAGAGACUUGGCGUGGAUAUGAGAAUGUUCCAAGAAAUCGAUUCGAAGUGGGAACACCAGUCAUGGCUGCAGCUGAAUAUGAUGAUCAAUCGCCACCACAACAUCGCAAUUUUCCACCAACUGUUGAGGUAGAUGGCGAGGAAACAAUGCGAGGAUAA